AUGACCAGUCUUGAUGAAAUACAGUGGAAGUCGCCAGAAUGGAUCCAGCAGUUUGGAUUGCACACCGGGAACGUGCUUGACUAUUUCACCGAGCUGCCAUUUUUCGAUCGAACAUCAAAUAAUCAAGUAUUGAAGAUGCAAUUUCAAUUUCAACCAGUGCCUAAUUAUAAUCUUCAAAAUAAGUUAAGUGAAAUGGUCGGGGUUGAAUUUAUAAUUGCGUUUAUCAAGGAACCUAAUUUCUGGAUAAUAAGAAAACAACAGAGAAUUAACCCAUCCACCGUAAUACCAAAACAAGAUUAUUAUAUAAUUGGAGCAAAUAUAUAUCAAUCACCUAAAAUUCACGAUAUACUAUCAUCCAGAUUAUUGGCCAGUGUAUUAUCAAUGAAAAACUCAAUUGAUCUCCUUAAUGAAAUCAGUAAUUAUAAUAUCAUGGACGGGGGUCAUCAAUAUAAUAAAUCCUCCAGUAUAACAAAUACAAAUACUCCCACUAGUGUCACUACAACGUCGGAAACUCCCGUUACUACAAAUAACUUAGAAGAAAUAAGUUCAAACACUUUUGAUAAUUUAUUGAAAUCAGUAGUUAAUUCAAAUAAUGAUUCAAUUUACUUGGAUGAUUUACCAAUGUACGGUAAAAAUAGUACCGUUGAUCAAUUAAAUCUAAAAUUAAAUCUCUAA